AUCGACGUAUAAAUAGCCACGGGCACGCAAGGCCGGACCUCUAUUUCUUCACCUGCCUCCCCUCCCACCUGGGCAUGGCGACCUUCUCCAUGGAGGUGUUCGACAACGAGGUCGUCCCGUCCACGCUCAGCAGCAUCGCGCCCAUCCUGCGCGUCGCCGCCGAGAUCGAGCCCAAGCGCCCCCGAGAAGGGGCGUCGACUUCUGGUGCUGUUGCGCUAGCAUUGUUGGUUUGGUGGAUGAAGGGAGUCAACUGAAGUGUCUUUACCUUUAGAACCUAUGAUCAUUUCUUGCCUUCCCGAUCUGCCAAAGGAAGAAAAGAUCAAAGUUGACAUCUUCUGAUUUUGUCAUCUUGGAUAGCAUACAGUGUAGAACUUUUGUAGCCGAGGGAUCAUAUCAUCCACACCAUCACUUCUGAAUCCUAGGUGAGACCUGAACUGAGCAGCUAUGGUGUAAGGACAGAGGAAGAAGGUGUGUUUAUGAGCAAUGCUACACAUACGGAACACUUCUACGGAAUAAUCUUACGGACUCACGCAGAGGCAGUGCAAAUCCAAACUCAGCCCCGGGUUUUCAGCAUUGCAUCAAAUUUCAACCAACCAACACAGCCCACGUUAGCCUGUAAGAUUUCUGUAACCCGAAUCAGUCCGUACGUCUAGGAUUAUUGUGUGUUUAUCGUCUCCAGCGUGCCGGGGCUACAUGAGCAUGGACUCAUUUUGGAGUAGACUAUGCUGCAUUAGUCAAAGCGAUGGUACAAGUUACAUAAAGGGUCACAAUAAAAAAAAGAAAUUACAAACAAGUCCCUAGAUUUUGCACAAGAACCUCUAAGGAACUUACUUUGCAUGAACUAUUGUGAUAACUCUGGCAUUGGAAUCUCUCCCCUCCAUUUCGGUUUCCAUUUUGGCAGUAAUUUAAGAUUUCGGUCUGUCUUCCGUAUGCCAGAUUCAAGGAAAUCCAUAUAUACCUGAUUUGUGGCGCUUAAAAUCAGCAUUAUUGACAAAAAUCAAGCAGGAAAAUCAGGUAGUUCCUAAAGUGGUGAUUUCGAUGAUAUGUUGCCAUAUACUGCUGCGCCUGUUCUAUGUAAUAUACGACCUUCGGCUUCCAGAGUUGAUCGAUCUCUACAGAACCUACCUACUCGAUCUGCAGGGCCUGCAUCGGCAGCGGCUUCCAAUAAAUCACUACCACGAACAAUGGCCAUUCUCCUCUUCUUAUUCUUCACAUCCAAUUUACCCGUUUCCUACACUUCGCCGCUGCCGAUCAGUGAGAACUCCACCAGCAACAACAUAUCAUCGCACCGACGAACUCCAACUGGGAGCUGCGGCACCGGCAACCCGGUGGACGACUGCUGGCGUUGCGACCCCAGCUGGGCAACCAACCGGCAGCGCCUCGCCGACUGCGCCAUCGGGUUCGGCCGCAACGCCCUCGGCGGCAAGAACGGCAGGAUAUACGUGGUGACGGACCCCGGCGACGACGACCCGGCGAGGCCAGCUCCCGGCACGCUCCGGUACGGCCUCGCCCAGCACGAGCCCCUCUGGAUCGUCUUCGACCGCGACAUGACGAUCCGGCCCAGGCAGGAGCUCCUGGUGAGCUCGUACAAGACCGUGGACGGCCGCGGCGCCCGCGUCGUGGUCGGCGACGGCGGCGCGUGCUUCACGCUGAGGAACGUGAGCAACGUCAUCAUCCACGGCGUCACCAUACGCCAGUGCAGGCCCGCGCGCAAGUCUGCGAGGGGCUGGGAGCUGUCGGACGGCGACGGUGUCACCGUCUUCCGCUCCCGGGACGUGUGGGUCGACCGCUGCUCGCUGGAGGACUGCGCCGACGGCCUCCUCGACGUGAUCGAGGCAUCCACCGCCGUCACCGUCUCCAACUGCCUCAUGACCAACCACGACAAGGCCAUGCUCCUCGGCCACAACGACGCCUUCUCCGACGACAGGGGCAUGCGGGUCACCGUUGCGUUCAACCGCUUCGGGCCAGGUCUCGUGCAGAGAAUGCCAAGGUGCCGGUUCGGCGUGUUCCACGUCGUCAACAAUGACUACGUGAGCUGGGAGAAAUACGCCAUCGGAGGCAGCGCAUCGCCGACCAUCCUUAGCCAGGGCAACAGGUUCUGCGCCGGCAAGGAGAAAGAGGUGACGAAGCGCGACGGCGAUCCACCCAACAGCGAGUGGCGGAACUGGAGCUGGACAUCGGACGGCGAUCUCAUGCUCAACGGCGCCUUCUUCAGGGCGUCGGGCAGACCGGGACCUGCGGUUAAGGCCCCUAGUUUUGUCAAGUCUGCCUCUUUUGUGGCGCCCAUGACUGCCUCCGCCGGGGCGCUCUCAUGCAACAAGGGUUGUCUGUGCUGAAAGCCACAAUCCUCAGCUCCCCGUAGAUAGGCACGCACAGUAAAGCAGGAAGCAACCAUAUCAGAUUCCAUCCUCUGCGGCUCUAUCUGACUCCCUUCAGCUGUUUUGUUUCCCACAAGCUCACGAUAGUCCUUUUAUUCAAUUGAGCAUUGAGUAAUAAGAAUCUUGUAUAUGCCUGGUAGUGUUAUUUUUAGCAAUUGGCCGUGGCUCGUUGAUCGCAAGUUCAGAAUCUUCA